GGGCGUGGGCAUGAAAAGCCUAGGGCAUCACCAGCCCAAAUCUUAGGUAUUGUUUCAACUGUCAAUAGGUUUCAUUUUGUCGAUCUAUUCCUUUGUCUUCCUCUCGUGAUUUCGAUCGGCGAACUGCUAUUGUUUGAUUUUGCGAUAUGCCCUCUCUUCCCCUUGAUUAAGAGCCAACUCCAUCCGAUGGUCUUCCAACAAAUCAUUUCUCAUUUACCCGGCAAGACUCGGAUUUCUGGCCAACCUCAGACGUUACUGGCAUUCUCCCAAAUCACACGAAAAUGUGAUUUGUUUUCAGGAUCUUCAGUGAACUUUGGAGCUAGAUUCUUGGGAAACUUGUGCUCGUUGAAAUUUGCACGUUUUAUACAUUCAGUUGGCCCAAAUGAGUUUGAGAAAGGCAUGGACAACGGACCCGUUGACACCCAGGAAAAUCCCGGAUUCUUUGAGGGUUCAAAUAGAAGAUGGGGCGAUGCAAACACGAGCACAGGGAGGAACUUUGGAGUAUUUGAGGGUUUGAGCCGGAGAUUGACCAACAUCGGAACAGGUAGUAGAGACGCUAGACCUCUCGGGAGGGAUAUGAAUUUUGUGAAGGGAAUGAUGAACGACCGAAAUGACAAUCGAUACGGGAUAGAAAACAAUGCAGAUAUCGUUCAUAUCAAAAUAAUGCGGAACAACACGUUUGUGACUGUGACCGAUUCCAAGGGAAACAAGAAAAUGGGAGCAUCUGCAGGAUGUUUGGCGGAAAUGAAAGGUGGACCGAAGGUUUCUAAAUACUCAGCUGAAGCGACUGCUGAACACGUGGGGCGAGUUGCCAAAAGUAUGGGAUUGAAGUCGGUUGUUAUGAAGGUUAACGGGUUUACUUUUUUUAAGAGAAAGAAGUUAGCCAUUUUGAGCUUUAGGGACGGAUACACGAACUCGAGAUCCGACCAAAAUCCUAUUGUUUACAUUGAAGAUACAACUCGGAAACCACAUAACGGAUGCCGACUCAGGAAGCAGCGCCGUGUCUAACUCUGUAUUCCCGAUCGUUAUUUUGAUGGUUUUUUUAGUAUCGACGCAAGUGCAGGUGUAAUACGAUUGCUUCUAAGUUUUUAUUUAAGAUCUUUAGUGUCGGAUAUUAUAAAACAGAGUAACAUUUGCGUAUGUUUUGGCUGAUUGGUUUACUUCCCCGUUUUCAGCGGUUAGAGAGUGGUCGAUCGUCGUUAGUCGAGAUUUCAUUGAAUAAUUCAAGGUUUGAACUCAGAUUUGUGUUUGUAACAACUCAAAGUUGAAGAAUUGUUAUGAGAUCCGAGUUUUUAGC